GUGCGGUUGAACACGUUACGGUAAACCGCAUGUCGUGAGAAACUUAUCGCGUAUGAGCUUGUACUAUCUUAAUCUAAUCGAAUUAUGACCUGACAACAUCGCUUAUCCGUGUUGAGGAUUACAACACGACCAUGAUCAGAAGGAGCAGGGUGAAAAAUAAAAUUGGUCUGGUUGUAUUAAUUAUUGGGCUGACUGUGGCCUAUAAUGAAUUCAUCGCUUAUGAAAUUCAAAGACUACACUGGGCCUUCCACAAGUGCACAGAUUGUACGAGGAUCUUACUUGUUGCCGAUCCACAAAUUUUGGGAAACGAAAAUGAGAAUUACCCCGGUGCAUCGGUGGCAAUUUGGGAUAGCGAUAGAUACUUGGUAAAAACGUUUGCAAGAGCUCUUGCGCAUUCACAACCUCAUGUGAUUGCUUUCUUGGGAGAUUUAAUGGACGAGGGUCAUAUCGCGUCUGGAGAAUAUUUUGAAAAAUAUAAACGGAGGUUUGAUUCUAUAUUUCAAACGCCAGAUGAUGUAAUGAAAAUUUAUCUACCUGGAGAUAACGAUGUCGGUGGCGAAGAAGACACCGUAUCUGCACAUAUUUCUGACAGAUUUGAAUUUACCUACAGCCAACCUGAUACUUUGAGGUACAAAAGCCUGAAUUUUUUCAAGGUAAACAGACUGACCCAUUCUGUUCCUGGAGCACCCAGCGAGGCAUUUUUGAAUGAUUAUGCAGAAAGGAAUACUACAAAUGUGGUGCUGAGCCACAUGCCGUUGCUUUUCUCUCCCGGCAGUUUUGUUCAAAGUGUAGUCAAAGAGCUGUCACCACAGUUGAUUUUUUCUGCUCACGACCACAAGGCGAUGCAUACCAGUUUAAAUAUCGCGACGGAUCAGCUGAGUGAUAUUUGGAUCUUACCUCCACAUGAAAAUCGAUUGUUUCAUCUACGACUUGAUAUGGGAGAUAUUCACGAGGUUGAAAUACCAACUUGUUCGUACAGAAUGGGAACACCUAAUAUUGGUUACGGACUAGCUUCUGUUGAUACGCAUGAGAAGGUGGUCGAAUUUACAAUACUUUGGCAGCCAAAUCGGUUUGUUCAGAUUAUAGUUUACAACUUAAUCAUAUUGAUAUUGAUUAUUUUUUCGCUCUAUUUUGCUACUGUUUGGGUUUACCGAGUUCUAUCCGGCCACGUAACUUACACAAAAGUGCCAAAUAUGCGGACAUGAAAUUGUAAUGUUUCUGGCAUAUAGUUGGGCUUCUCAUUCGGUAUAACAAACUGUUUGAGUAGCUAUAAGCGCCAGGAAGAAAUAUUAGUUUGAAAUGUGAAUAGAAUCCAAAGGCAUACAGCAAUUUCUAGUGUUCUUUUGUACAUUCAUUCUAAUUGUGACUCUUUUUUACUUUUGAACGUUGAGAUCAUUUCAAAGAAAUCCACUUUAUGUAUGUUUUAAUAGUUGCUGGCUGUAUCUAGACUCAGAUUUGAUUUUAAGCCCUUGUAUAUAAUAUAUCGGUAUUGCAAAUCAUGUUACGGGGAAUGGUGAAAGCGAUUGCAUGCUAAAUAUUAUCUAC